AUGGCACCCAAGGCCGAGAAAAAGUCAGCCAUCACCUCUCGCGAGAUCCAGACCGCCGUGAGGCUGGUGCUACCCGGGGAGUUGGCCAAGCAGGCCGUCUCUGAGAGAACCGAUGCCGCCACCAAAAGGGGACACUGUUCUUGCCGUCAAGUGAGCGUCACGAAUGGGUCAUCAAUGGCAGACAAAUGUAUGUUCCGGCUCAGUUUAUUCAACCCAGAAUUUUCUCUUCUUUCAUCAAUAGUUGCAGUCAUUCUUGGUUUUGGUGGGCUUGAAGAUUUCUGGACUUGUAGAGUUUGGUCAGCAUUGGUUUUAUCAGCAAACUCAAAGACUUCAAGAGGCUCGAUGCAGUUUCCUCACGAGCUAGCCAAUUAUGACGAGGUUUCAAUGCAGCAAAAUGUACCUAAAGGGUCUUUCAUUGUCAGGGCUCAUACGCCAAUGUCGAAUUUGUUUUCUUACCUUCGGUUUAAUGAAGUCGAGCAGUUCUGAAUAUGUUCAAGGAUUGUGAGAGGCGAAAAAUUGCUAAAAAUUUACCAUCACACGUCUGAGGAGAAGAGGAGUAUACCUCAACAAGCAACGAGUAGUUUUUCAUGAUGUUGAGCUUUGCUGAGAAACCGAGAUACUGGUUACCGUAAAUUGUUCUUUUAAAGUAAUAUGGAUUAUGGGGAAAAGAUUGUGUAUCUGGAAGCACAGCCAUGUAAACUUACAACUUGCUAUGAGGAAUGGUAAAAAAGCUCACGUUGCUCUUGCUCGACAGAAUACGAGCAAGCGGAGGCCAACUCUUUUUGCUGGUUUCCCAAAAAUUUGCUUAUUUUUGGGCACUUUUUGGAAGAAAGACCACAAGCUCUCACUAUGUAGAACAAAAGAAGCACAGACUGUGAUUGUAGAGCCUCAAUUCAAUUAUUUUAGUUACAUAGAUUGAAUGUAUAAUGACAAAAGAAGCACCUGAUAUCUUUGUAUGAAUUCAUUUUGAUAUUAUCACCUGGUGAGGUUUGCUAGUUUUGUUGUCAUGAAAAAUAAUAAUG